AUGAUUAACAUUUGUUUUCACUAUCUCGAUCAACAUUUUCUUGGUCAGUUGGAUGAAAUCUUCGAUUUCCAUGAUUUUCACCAAUUAGUCCUCCAGCAUUUCAACAAUCCAUUCGACUAUCGUUUUACUCUAGCCAACAAAGAACUUGAUCUUUUCAGUCGACAAUCAUUUGCUCGUUAUCAAUCAUUGUUGACGAAUGGUAUCUUUAUACUUGUUCUCAAGCGAAUGUCAGGAGGAGGUUUUCUCGAAAUCUCAGUUUUGACCGAUAUCAUUCUUCAGGAUCUUGAAAGAGCCGUACAACAGAUUCCAACCAAUAACAAUGAAGAACGUCCAUGUCAAGUAUGCCGUGAGAAUACAAGCUGUAUGAAAUUGUGUUGCAAUCGAAUAUGUAAAGUCUGUUUUGGUGAUUAUUUCGCGCAUUCGACUUUCAAACUGAAUUGUAUGACCUGUCGUCGUCAAGUACCGUAUGGUCAAUUCUUCAUCUCACCUGAAUUCGUUCGUGCACUUGAAUCAUUGAAUGAAAUUUGCGGAUUGAUGAAAUACAUCGAUUGCCAAAUUUGCCAUUGUGGAUCACUGGUAGUCAAUGAAACCCUAUAUGCUCAACAGACAUGCGGCAACUGCACGCGUGAAUUUUGGUUUUUCUGUAACAAGGAUUGGACUGAAGGGAAAAUUCCUCGAAAGAAUGAUCGAUACACAUGUCAUGUCAGCUGUGAUUAUGAAACAAAACUAUCUUACGAAUUGAUACCAUUACAAUAUAAUAAGAAUGUACACGUGCCAAACCGUCGAUUCUGUCCGUCUUGUUUUACACUCGGAUCGUAUGAUGAAAAAUGUAAAUAUCACACCUGUUCCACAUGUCAACAUUCGUUCUGUUUUAUCUGUUUGGAAGAAGAAGACACGUGUAAAACGAAGUACAACUCAAAUUAUCAACAUCAAUGCACAGAUGUAAAAAAACAGACAUACGAAAAUUUUCCGAGGAUCGCCAAGUGUUAA